CCGAACGUCCGGGGGCCUCACCGCCCUCCGCCCACAGCGCCCGGGCCCGCCAUGCGGCUGUGAACCAUGUCCUCCUCCUACGCCAAGAACGGGACCGCGGACGGGCCGCACUCGCCCACCUCACAGGUGGCCCGAGGCACCACGACCCGGAGGAGCAGGUUGAAAAGAUCCGAUGGCAGCACCACUUCGACCAGCUUCAUCCUCAGACAGGGUUCAGCGGAUUCCUACACGAGCAGGCCGUCUGACUCCGAUGUCUCUCUGGAAGAGGAUCGGGAAGCAAUUCGGCAAGAGAGAGAGCAGCAGGCGGCCAUCCAGCUUGAGAGAGCAAAGUCGAAACCUGUAGCAUUUGCUGUGAAGACGAAUGUGAGCUACUGUGGUGCCUUGGAUGAGGAUGUGCCUGUUCCAAGCACGGCCAUCUCCUUUGACGCCAAGGACUUUCUACACAUUAAAGAGAAAUAUAACAAUGAUUGGUGGAUAGGAAGGCUGGUGAAAGAAGGCUGUGAGAUUGGCUUCAUCCCAAGUCCACUUAGAUUGGAGAACAUACGGAUUCAGCAAGAACAAAAAAGAGGACGUUUUCACGGAGGGAAAUCCAGUGGAAAUUCUUCUUCAAGUCUUGGAGAAAUGGUAUCAGGGACAUUUCGAGCAACCCCCACAUCAACAGCAAAACAGAAGCAAAAAGUGACGGAGCACAUCCCUCCCUACGAUGUUGUGCCAUCCAUGCGUCCGGUGGUGUUAGUGGGGCCGUCACUGAAGGGUUAUGAGGUCACAGACAUGAUGCAGAAAGCCCUCUUUGAUUUCCUGAAGCACAGGUUUGAUGGGAGGAUAUCAAUAACAAGAGUGACAGCUGACAUUUCUCUUGCUAAGAGGUCUGUCCUAAAUAAUCCCAGCAAGAGAGCAAUAAUUGAACGCUCAAACACUCGGUCCAGCUUAGCGGAAGUACAAAGUGAAAUUGAAAGAAUCUUUGAGUUGGCAAGAUCUUUGCAACUGGUUGUUCUUGAUGCAGACACCAUCAAUCACCCAGCACAACUUAUAAAGACUUCCUUAGCACCAAUUAUCGUUCAUGUAAAAGUCUCAUCUCCAAAGGUUUUACAGCGGUUGAUUAAAUCUAGAGGAAAGUCCCAAAGUAAACACUUAAAUGUUCAACUGGUGGCAGCUGAUAAACUUGCACAAUGUCCCCCUGAAAUGUUUGAUGUUAUACUGGAUGAAAACCAGCUGGAGGAUGCGUGUGAACAUCUGGGAGAAUACCUUGAGGCCUACUGGCGUGCCACUCACACGACCAGUAGCACCCCCAUGACCCCACUGCUUGGAAGGAAUUUGGGCUCAACAGCACUCUCACCAUAUCCCACAGCAAUUUCUGGGUUACAGAGUCAGCGUAUGAGGUACAGCAACCACUCCACAGAGAACUCUCCAAUUGAAAGGCGAAGUCUAAUGACCUCUGAUGAAAAUUAUCACAAUGAAAGGGCUCGGAAGAGUAGGAACCGCUUGUCUUCCAGUUCCCAGCAUAGCCGAGAUCAUUACCCUCUCGUGGAAGAAGAUUACCCUGACCCAUACCAGGACACUUACAAACCUCAUAGGAACCGAGGAUCGCCUGGGGGAUAUAGCCAUGACUCUCGACAUAGGCUUUGA